GGUGGGACUAGGCAAAUAUUACCCUAUGGGGAAGGGUAACCAGCCUGGGCCGCGAGUUGAGGAUAGGGUGUCUCCGUAGGGGCGUGGCUUGUGGGGCUUCGCUUUCCCGCCGACGGUUGGCCACGUCACGUGACAUGGGCUGGAAGAUGGCGUCUCCCACAGAUGGGACAGAUUUGGAAACAUCUUUGCUAAGUUUUGAGAAACUUGACCGUGCCUCGCCAGAUCUUUGGCCUGAACAAUUACCAGGUGUUGCUGAAUUUGCUGCUUCUUUCAAAAGUCCCAUCACUAGCUCUCCGCCCAAAUGGAUGGCUGAAAUAGAACGUGAUGACAUCGAUAUGUUGAAAGAGCUGGGGAGCCUCACCACAGCUAAUUUGAUGGAGAAGGUACGAGGGCUCCAGAACCUGGCCUAUCAGCUGGGACUGGAUGAGUCCAGAGAAAUGACAAGAGGAAAAUUCCUGAACAUCCUAGAGAAGCCCAAGAAGUAGCAACUGCUUGUGCACAGUGUCUUGAAGGCCGUAACCAAGUCCCCUUCCCAGUGUGGCUCUGACGAUGCACACCACAUGCUUCCGUGGGAAAGACUGGCUUCUCCCCUACUCCUGGCACUCUGCACCUCUGAGACAUCUGGUAGCAAGAAAGAAUCUGUUCUACCCAAGGAUCAUUGCCAUUCACUGAGCUGGCUUCGUAGCUACGAACGGUAACUCGGGGGUCCUGUCAUUCUGAGAGGUCCUUUCCAAAAGUGAUUCAGGAGGCUCGGGAUCUUUUAAUUACUUUGAUUCUGUAAUGGCAAAGUCAGUAGUGACAAGUCAAUUAAUGGGUUCUGUUGAGUUGUACUUGAUCUUUUAAAGAGCAUUCAUAAUGAAGACAUCAGAGAUCAACUACUUGCUGGACCAGACUACGCAUCUUGACCUGUGAACUGUCAGAUCUAAUGGAUUCUAUGACUUCCAUUCUGAAGGAAACAGAGUCUCCUUGAGAUGUACAUCUGCUUUUGUAAGGCUAUACCUCCAAUGACACUCACCCUUCAGCACUGUCCCUCCCCCGCCUCCCAGGCCACCUUGCAGGUCUGACUCCAGACUAGUGGAGCCCUUGUAGUGACUCUCUAGAGUGAGAGGCUCAUGCUGUGUCACCCUGCGUUCUAGACUUCCAGACUAGUGUGAGGCAACGAAAGGAGCCCUGGUCAGUCUGUUAGGUCUGUGAGAGAAAGAGUGAGGGUGACCUGGUUGUGGGGACACGG